UUUUCCUACUAAACUUUUUUCUUGUUGAAUCUGGCACAGUAUCCCAAGAUUGCUUAACUUCCAGUUGAGGCCAAAAAAUAAAGAUAGCGAAAAGAAAAGUGAAAAGAAUAAAGAAAACCAGAGAAAACUAAAGAAUUCUUUGCUUAUUCCAAGCUCUGGAUAGUAACUGAUUUAUCCACAAACCACGAUUCCCUCUCAAAACUUGGGGUCUUUGAAGGAAAAAAAAAACGGUUUAUUAACUUCCAUAUUUGCUAAAAAACCGCAAAUCCCAUGUGAUGUAUUCCCCCCUCCCCCCCUAAUAUUUUCUAUACAUUCAAAGUUCCUUCAAAGUUCAAAGCUUAUUAAGCCAGGGUCUAAGAAUUUCUUUAAUGGUGGGUUUUGAAGAAAAUUAGUAUUAGGUGAACUGGGUUUUUGUUUUUGUAUUUGCCUUCUUCUUUUUUCUAUUAUCUUUUUUGGAUCUGGGAUAUGAUAAAAGUUUGGAUUUUAGUGGUAUUUUCCGGGAAAAAUUCUGGGGUUGAGUUCUAGGAUGGGAUUGUAGUGAAUUUUAUGAAGAUCUGGAAGGUAAAAUAUUAGGCAAAACAUGGAGCCUCCCAAGGGAUUUUUAGCUACUUUGUGGAACUUUAUAUGCUUUCUUCCUUACUUCAUUGGCUUGCUUCUUUUAGGCACAAUUAAAGGAAUCAUUUUCUGCUUUCCGAUAUGCCUUAUCAUGACAAUUGGAAACUCGUCCGUCAUAUUAGGCCUUCUGCCCUAUCAUUGUUACUUCACUUAUUAUAGCAUUGUGAGCACUAAACUAUUAGGGCCAUUUCUGAAGCUCGCUGUCUGCAUAUUCCUACCGGUUGUCUUGAUAUUGUGGGUGGUUGUUGGUAUUGUUGGAAGUAUCUUAGGGGGAAUAUUAUACGGCUUUCUUUCACCAAUGUUUGCCACUUUUGAUGCUGUGGGCGAAGGAAAGACCAAUGUGUUUAUCCACUGUUUUUACGAUGGUACUUGGAGCACUAUCAAGGGCAGCUUUACUGUUGUCAAGGAUUUCAAAGAUGUUUGUGUCCAUUCCUACUACUCGUUUAUGGAAGAACUACGACAGAAAGAUGGACAAUACUAUGAGAUAAGAUUUCUUUAUCUGCUUCCGGCUCUUAUAGCUGCAGUGCUUGGUUUUCUGGUUGAUUUUCCAAUGAUCUCACUUAUUGCCUUCUGCAAAAGUCCUUACAUGCUCGUUAAAGGGUGGCAUCGAUUAUUUCAUGACCUUGUAGGUCGAGAAGGCCCUUUCUUGGAGACAAUAUGUGUACCAUUUGCAGGCCUUGCCAUCUUACUCUGGCCACUCGCCGUCAUUGGAGCAGUUUUGGGAUCAAUGGCGUCUAGCAUCUUCCUUGGUGCCUAUGCCGCGGUGAUUGUUUACCAGGAGUCCUCGUUUUGGUAUGGGCUUUGUUAUAUCGUUGCUUCGUUGUCCAUAUAUGAUGAAUACAGCACUGAUGUCCUUGACAUGCCUGAAGGAUCUUGCCUUCCCAGGCCUCGGUAUCGUCGGCACAGAAAUGAAUCCUUCUCUAAAUCUGACUCCUUCCGUCCUCCUGCUCGCAUUGAUUCACUUACAAAUGCAAGGCUUGAUUUGAAGCCACUCGAGCUACUCGAGGGCUUAUUUAAGGAGUGCCAAGUCCAUGGUGAGAAAAUGGUGUCUGAAGGGCUGAUAACUUCUAAGGACAUCGAUGAUGCCAAGUCCAUCAAAGGAAGUAGAGUGGUCAGCAUUGGCUUACCGGCUUAUUGCUUUCUUCAGGCACUCUUGCGCUCUGUGGAUGCGAAUAGACUGGGCAUAUUACUGAGUGACAAUACGGAAAUAACGGCCACGAACCGACCAAAAGAUGCAUUCUUUGAUUGGUUUCUUAACCCCUUUUUGAUACUGAAAGAGCAAAUCAGAGCGGAGAAUCUUUCCCCGGAGGAAAAGGAUUACUUAGGCAAAUUAGUGUUGCUGUGUGGUGAUGCAGCACGGUUGAAAAAUAUUGGGUCUCCACCAGAAUCAGAGCGUAAACGAGCUGAGCUUGAUGCAUUAGCCCGACGGUUACAAGGUAUUACUAAAUCAGUGUCGAGGUAUCCAACUUUCAGGCGACACUUUGAGGAAUUUGUUAACAAACUAUCCGAGGAUCUCUCAAAGAAGGACAGUGGCAGCAGCAACAGCAGCGGAUCUAGUAAUAGGUCUCAUCAAUCGAAGAAUACCGUUCUGCGGUUUUUUAGCAGCAGAUCUUUCAAGCGGAGUACAAGCCAUAGCAUGUCUGAUCAAGAAUCACAAUCAGUUCUUGCCAGAGAUGUAGAAAUCGAAUGAUGUAGAAUAGGAUGUCGAUCAAGAAUCACAAUCAGUUCUUGCCAGAGAUGUAGAAAUCGAAUGGUGUAGGACUAGGAUGUCGAUAUUUGUCCAUAGUUGUCAGAUUUUGGACAUAAAUGCAACGGCCGGCCGCCUUUGUUCAUUCAUUUCGAGUUAAUGUUUCCAAAUGUUUGGUUAACAAGCAAAAGUAACCAUGCAUGAAUGUAAUACACUAAAUUACUUGGACUUGACUGCUUCACUGCUUUUAAGUUGCAAAAUUCUUGAGAAUUCAAGUCCUUAA